AUGGCAGACAAAUACGACCAGCCACCAGCGUAUCCUGCUCCGGUCCAUCAAGACGCCGGUCCCUAUUACAACCAAGCCCCUUCUCCGGCGCCAUACGUCCAGUCUCCUCCGCCACAGGGCGGCUACAAUAACAACGGUUACUCAAGUCCGGCACCUCCGAACGGAUAUCAUCCUCCAGGACAACCAUACUACGGGCCUCCUCCCGGAGGAUACUAUCAACAAGGAUACCCUCCACAACAACCGCAGCAAGGCUACUACCCUCCUCAAGGGUACUAUGCGCAGGACCCUAACAGAGGACACGGAAGCUCGGCGGCAGGCGGGAUCUGCGCCGGCAUCUCUGCUGCGUUGGCGCUCUGCUGUUGCGCGGAUAUGUGUUUCUUUUUGCUGUGA